AUGAUACCACAACGAGCUGGUCUUCAAUGCCUGCGGGUCAGACCGUCACGAAAUUUGCUCCCUCUCCGACAAGCACGAUCGAAUGUGCGCGCCUUCACAGCAACGGCGCAACGUUUCCAAGAUGUGUUCCAUGCUCAGCAAUCAGAUCCUCAGUCAUCCGCCAUCCUAUCCUCCCUAAAAUCGAGUUCUCGAGUCCCUCAAACGCUCACGGAAAAGAUUGUUCAACGGUACUCGCUGGGGCUAGCAGAAGGCAAGUCAGUCCGGUCUGGGGAUUAUGUGACUUUGUCACCACAUCGUUGCAUGACACACGACAAUUCGUGGCCGGUAGCUCUCAAGUUCAUGUCAAUUGGUGCCUCCAAGAUCCAUGAUCCAAAGCAGAUUGUGAUGACGCUGGAUCACGAUGUCCAAAACAAAUCCGAGACCAACCUCAAGAAAUACAAGCAGAUUGAAGAGUUUGCGAAGAAGCAAGGCGUCGAUUUCUACCCGGCCGGCAGAGGCAUUGGUCAUCAGAUCAUGGUGGAAGAAGGAUAUGCGUGGCCAGGGACGAUGACAGUUGCGAGCGACAGCCACAGCAACAUGUAUGGUGGUGUGGGCUGCUUGGGAACGGCUAUGGUCAGGACGGAUGCUGCGAGCAUCUGGGCAACGGGAAAGACAUGGUGGCAGAUACCGCCGAUCGCCAAGGUUACUCUCACAGGUGUUCUGCCAAAGGGUGUCACUGGGAAGGAUGUUAUUGUUGCACUAUGCGGGCUGUUCAACAAUGAUGAGGUUCUGAACCACGCGAUAGAAUUUACGGGAUCAGAACAGACGAUGCGAAGUUUACCAGUUGAUGAUCGCCUAGCAAUUGCUAACAUGACGACCGAGUGGGGAGCUUUGACAGGACUCUUUCCGAUAGACUCGAUGUUGCAAGCUUGGUUGAGAUCAAAGGCUACCACCUCCGCGCUGUUUGACGGAAAAGAAGGACGAUUUACCCACAAAAGCAUUGACGAUUUGAUCGCAAACCAAUUGGUUGCUGAUAAGGGUGCUACAUAUGCGAAGUCGUUGUAUCUGAAUCUGUCGACGCUUGCACCAUACGUAUCUGGUCCCAAUUCAGUCAAAGUUGCAACACCACUGCGGGACCUUGAGGCGCAAAACAUCUCGUUAAACAAGGCAUACCUCGUAUCGUGUACGAAUUCGAGAGCGUCCGAUUUGGCUGCCGCUGCCAAAGUCUUCAAGGACGCAUCGAAAGAUGGAAGACCUGCGAAGAUUGCUCAAGGCGUGGAGUUCUAUAUUGCAGCUGCGUCAAUACCCGAACAACAAGCCGCGGAAGAGACUGGUGAUUGGCAAGCGCUUUUGGAUGCUGGUGCCAAACCUCUACCUGCUGGAUGUGGGCCGUGUAUUGGGCUUGGGACGGGCCUGCUUGAGCCUGGUGAGGUUGGAAUUAGUGCGAGUAACCGCAACUUCAAGGGACGUAUGGGAUCGCCAGAUGCGAAAGCAUAUCUCGCAAGUCCAGAGGUAGUUGCUGCCAGCGCGAUGAGUGGUAAGAUUAGCGGGCCCGGGUGGUAUGAGAAACCCGUUGGUGUCAACAAGGUUGUUCUAGGUGAGGGAACUGGGAUUGCUGAUGAGGACCGAACAAUGAGUGUCGUUGAUGCUCUUGAUAAGUUGAUCGCCGACGCCGAAUCAUUGAUUCAAGGAGCAGAGAAAUCUGUUCUGGGCGAAUCUGAGGCAACUGAGAGUGGUGACGAGCAGUUGACUGAUAUCCUGCCUGGGUUCCCAGAAAAGGUUGAGGGCGAGAUUGUCUUCUGUGACGCAGACAACAUCAACACUGACGGCAUAUAUCCUGGCAAAUAUACAUAUCAAGACAAUGUUUCCGUGGAGAAGAUGGCUGAGGUAUGCAUGGAGAAUUAUGACAAGUCUUUUGGGUCGAUCGCCAAGGCUGGUGAUAUUCUCGUUGCUGGUUUCAACUUUGGCUGUGGAUCAAGUCGCGAACAAGCUGCGACAGCCAUUCUGGCGAAGAAGAUCCCACUCGUUGUCUCAGGUUCAUUCGGUAACAUCUUCAGCCGAAACAGCAUCAACAAUGCUUUGAUGGGGGUGGAAGUUCCACGUCUUGUGCAACGGUUACGAGAAACAUUUUCAUCAAACUCCGUGAAAGCAAAGAGCAAUGAUACUGAGCCAAGUGAGAACAAAGAGAGUUUGGACAGCCCGCCACCCGCGGUACAAGCCAGUCCUGUGGAAAAGAUGCUUACGAGGAGAACGGGAUGGAACUUCUUGUGGGAUGUUAGGAGGAGCAAAGUUGUCAUUACUGAGGGAGAGGGUGGUGCAACGUGGAGUCAAAAGGUGGGAGAGUUGCCACCGAAUGUUCAGGAAAUUAUCGCUAGGGGAGGGCUGGAGAAGUGGGUGAAGAAGGAGAUCUCUGCGCCGUAG